AUGGCGUCAGAUGAUGUAAAACUUGCAGCUGAGCUUGAGGCAUCUACGCUUAUGAGAGCUGCUCAAUUCUUGGCGACUAAAAGGCCAUGGCUUGAUCUUUAUGGGAUCAAUGUGAGGCCGGUGGCUCCUUUUGCCAGUUUGGCUAGAAAACCAUCUGUGGAUACGGCCCUUAUACACCGCAGCUUACCUGAUGAGCUGCUUUUGGAGAUAUUCUUGAAAAUGGCUCCUUAUACACUGGGGAGGGCAGCUUGUGUUUGUCGAAAAUGGAGAUAUACGAUCCGUAGUCCUGUGUUCUGGCGUAAUGCGUGCUUAAAGGCCUGGCAGGUCUUUGGGGUGUUGGAAAAUUAUAAGAUUCUACAGUCUGAGUAUCAUGGGUCGUGGAGGAAAAUGUGGCUUUUAAGACCAAGACUACGAACAGAUGGCCUUUAUGUCAGCCGGAAUACCUAUAUUCGUGCUGGGGUUGCAGAGUGGAAGAUCACCAAUCCUGUGCAUAUUGUUUGCUAUUUCCGGUACUUACGAUUUUAUACUUCUGGAAGAUUUCUCUACAAGAAUUCGUGGCAAAAAGUGAAAGAUGUGGUGAAGAACAUGAAUUUCCGUGCUUCAAAAGUGGAUUGUGUUUUUAGUGGACAAUACACUCUCUCUGAAGAUAAGGUUGAAGCUGCUCUUUUGUAUCCUGGCAUGCGCCCAACUGUGUUAAGGAUCCGCUUGAGGUUAAGAGGGACUGCACAGGGAGCUAACAAUAGGAUGGAUCUCCUAUCACUUGUAACGAGCGGCGUGAAUGAUGCUGAGGCCAGUGGGCCCGGUGAAGACAUCCUUGGAGUAGUUGAAGGGUGGCAAGAAAACGAAACCCAUAACCCUGAUGUCCCCGCAACUUCACACAGGAGGGGUCUUAGUCCAUUCGUUUUUGUCCCAUUCGAGGAAGCUGAGACAUCUGUACUGAAUCUUCCAGUAGACAAGAUGGAUUACUUUGUACCUGGCUGA